AUGACGUUCCAUUCUUUUGCACUUCUUUCUUCGAGGAAAUAUUCUUCUUCUUCUUUUGCGUUGUCAAUUCUUGGACGCUUUUCGCCAAUCAUGGACAAAAUUCAAAUCCGCACGAUUUUCUUGUUCCAGUUCAAACUAGGCCGAAAAGCUGCCGAGACAGCUCACUAUCUAUCUAUCUAUCUAUCUAUCUAUAAAAUAAAAAUUUUUUUUAAUCACUCUUUCUCUUCAUUGCUCCAAUCAUUUACUUUUCCUCCUUCAUCACUCACUAUCAUUUUCUUCUUUCCUUUUCACAAUAUCCUUCUCAUUUCACUUUCUUUCUUUCUUUACUUAUUUCUUUCUUUCUUUCUUUCUUUCUUUCUUUCUUUCUUUCUUUCUUUCUUUCCUUCUUUCUUCCUUUCUUUCUUUCUUUCUUUCUUUAUUCAUUUACUUAUUUCUCUUUCUUUCUUUCUUUCUUUCUUUCUUUCUUUACUUAUUUAUUUCUCUUUCUUUCUUUCUUUCUUUCUUUAUUCAUUUACUUAUUUCACUUUUUUCUUUCUUUCUUUCUUUACUUAUUUAUUUCUCUUUCUUUCUUUAUUCAUUUACUUAUUUCUCUUUCUUUCUUUCUUUCUUUACUCAUUUAUUUCUCUUUCUUUCUUUCUUACUUUCUUUCUUUAUUCAUUUACUUAUUUCACUUUUUUCUUUCUUUCUUUACUUAUUUAUUUCUCUUUCUUUCUUUCUUUCUUUCUUUCUUUCUUUCUUUAUUCAUUUACUUAUUUCUCUUUCUUUCUUUCUUUCUUUACUUAUUUAUUUCUCUUUCUUUCAUUCUUUCUUUCUUUCUUCUAG